CCGAAUAGUGUAAGGAAUCGUUGGAGAGGUCUUCAAAAACGAUUUAUUGAUAAAUUUAAUAUUUUUGGAAAAAAAGGCUCCGAAUGAAAAUAAAUAUGCUUCAACUUUCUCUUCUACAAUGGUCUUUAUGAAAUCGCAUUAUAACAUAUGUACGACUACAGAUAAACAUAGAGCAUUGUAAUAAGGCAAUAGUUAUGCCAAAUAAAGCUUUCUAUACAAAAAAAAAUGCCUAUUCAAAGCAAGUACAUCUGGGGUUAUAGCAUUGGGGGGUUAAAGCAUUAUAUGGAAGCGAAAUCUGGGCCAAGCGGCCACGAGAUGGGCAGAGUCUGGAAAUCUUCAAAAUAUGGUGCUGGUGGCGGAUGGAAUCGAUUAGAUGGAAGGAAGAGAAAUCCAAUAUAGUGGUUCUUGAUAUGGUAAAAGAGAAAAGGUGCCUUUUGAAAACUAUAGAAAAUAAUAUUAUAGAAUAUACAUACAAUUCAUAUCAGUAUCUUUAUCUUUAUACUAGUUAUAUCUUAUAUCAAUGAUAGUAAGCAUUAAGUCACCAUUAUCGAGUGCUUAAACAUACAAUGACAGAUAAAUGACAGAUAUCGGAUUACCGUGCAAGAUAUCUUACAAAUUAAGUUUAUUCGUUUCUGAAAGUUAAUUCAGCAAUAUGUCUGUGCGACCUCUGCCUCCAGUGCUUGCAGAAAAGGCUCGAAAAGAGCUUAAUGAAGAUCCCCAGAGGCUACCCAAUGACUUGCAACAUAUGAAGGAUUGGAUAGCCAAGCAGCCGCAUCUUAAAGCAAGAACCGAUGAUCAAUGGCUGACUACAUUUUUACGAGCAUGUAAAUUUAGUUUGGAACGGGCGAAAGUAAAAAUUGACUUAUACUAUUCGGUUCGUACUACGGCGCCAGAUUUUUUUCAGCUCACGCCAAAAAACCAGCGAUUUUGGCAAAUUUUGGAGACUGGGUCUUUUCUUCCUUUACCACAAGUUGCCGCUCCUGGUUCUCCUAAGGUAUCAAUUAUCAGACCGGGAAAAUAUGAUCCCGAAAAAUUCACAAUAUCGGAAGUGUUGUCAGUUUCGAAUACGUUAGAGAAGAUUAUGUAUUUGGAAGAUGAUGAUGCUGUCGUAUCAGGGGUGAUGGCCAUACUUGACUUAGAAGGAGUUACUAUGGGACAUUUCUUACAAAUGACCCCACUACAAAUGAAAAAGAUGACGGUUGUGGGCCAGGAUGCGACACCAUUCCGUAUGAAAGGAGUUCACUAUCUGAAUACGCCAACAGGGUUUGAGACUAUUUUUAACGCGAUGAAAGCACUCCUCAAUGAAAAAAAUAAAAACAGAUUAUAUGUCCAUAAUAAAAACUAUGAGGCGAUGUACGAACAUAUUCCAAAACAUAUGUUAACAGUGGAGUAUGGUGGUAACGCGGGAACUGAAAAAGACAUCAUAGAUUACUGGAAGAAGAAGGUCCAAGAAUACAGUGAAUGGUUAGAAGAAGAUAUGCAGUAUCGCACUGACGAAUCCAAGAGGGCCGGAAAAGCAAAAACAGCUGAAAGUAUGUUCGGCGCUGAGGGUUCCUUCCGGCAACUUCAAUUCGACUGAUUGAAAAAUACUCUUUUAUCUUUUUUUUCUCACUAUCUUUCUCUCUCCUUGUCAUUUUUUAUUCCCAUCUGAUGGUGGGGCCUACCUUCCUUGUCUUCUAAUGCCAUACUUCUUUUGUAUAUGAAUCAAUUUCUUUUUGAAUAAAUAUUGUUUAUAUCAUGAAAAGAAAAACAAAGAAGUA